AUGCUACUUUGGUACCUGGUGCGUCAGAUUUUUAUCAAUUUUGAAUCUCAAGACUGGGGUGAAAAUUUCAUAAUCGGAAUUGGAACCGUCAUGGACUCGCAGCAGCAGCAGCAGCAGCAGCAGAGAGAAGCAUCUCCGCAGCCAUCACCGCCGGCUGCCGGCGGAGGAAUAGGCGAAGCCGGUCGCGGUGGCGGAGAUUUCACAGCCAUUUUCACUAUUCUACUGUCAUUCAUCGCUAUUGCCUCCAUGGUUAUUAUCCCUACUGUGUCGACCUUAAGGCAAAGCUUAGCUAUCCUACAUCAAGUUCCAGAAGGCCAUGUUGGAGUUUAUUGGAGAGGAGGUGCCCUUCUGAACACAAUUACAGAUCCAGGUUUUCAUUUGAAAAUGCCGUUGAUAACCCACUUCGAGCCCAUUCAAGUGACCCUACAGACUGAUUUGGUGAGGGAUAUACCCUGUGGAACAAAAGGUGGUGUUAUGAUCAACUUUGAGAAGAUAGAAGUUGUUAAUCGUCUUCACAAGGACUAUGUACAAGAGACAUUGCGCGACUAUGGUGUACAAUAUGACAACACGUGGAUAUAUGACAAGAUCCAUCAUGAGAUCAAUCAGUUCUGCAGUGCUCAUUCCCUGCAGCAAGUUUACAUUGACAUGUUCGAUCAGAUUGAUGAGAAAAUGAAAGAUGCACUUCAGGCUGACUGCACACGUUAUGCUCCAGGUAUUGAAAUACUUAGUGUGCGUGUCACUAAACCCACCAUUCCAGAGAGUAUAAGGCGGAAUUUUGAACAGAUGGAAGAGGAACGCACCAAGGUCUUGAUUGCAAUGGAGAGACAGAGAGUUUUUGAAAAGGAAGCUGAGACGCAGAAAAAGAUUGCCAUAAGUGAAGCUGAAAAGCAUGCUCAUGUUAGCAAGAUCCAGAUGGAACAGAAGUUGAUGGAGAAAGACAGCUUGAGGAGGCAAGAGGAAAUUUCUAAUACAAUGUACUUAGCUCGGGAGAAAAGCUUGGCUGAUGCUGACUUUUAUCGAACAAUUAAAGAAGCAGAAGCAAACAAGUUGAAGCUAACUCCACAAUAUCUAGAACUCAAAUUCAUCGAAGCAAUUGCUAACAAUUCCAAGAUUUUCUUUGGUAACAAGGUACCUAAUAUGGUUUUGGAUCAGAGGCUACUCGGAAAUUUUUUGCAAAAUGUAGCCAGGAAAGAAAACGUCGCGGAGAAUAGCUCUUAA